AUGGUUUCGCUGUCGACUUGGUUCCGCUAUGCCGCGCACAAGUUCGAGUACUCCAUCUCCCUCUCGUGGAAGAAAUAUAAUGUGGGCCAGAUCAACAGUACAGAGCUAACUGAUGCGAUAUGGAAAAACUUCUUCCAAGGCAAGCUCACCUACACGCAUUGGACCAAAGGGGGAGAAGCCAUGGCUCCCAUCGUAUCUUCAACUGGAGGAACCCUCCUUGUCAGAAAGCUGGCAAAUUUAAGCCCCACACAAGUGUUUGUUGGGGACGUUGUCUUGUUAAAAGACCCAGAGAAAUCUGAUGAUUUAAUUAUUCGACGACUGGCUGCCCUGGAAGGCUAUGAGAUGGUCUCUAAUGAUGAGAAGGAUGAGCCGUUUGUACUUGAGAAAGACCAAUGCUGGGUCCUGGCAGACAACCUAGCCCUCAAGCCAAAGGAAGCUAGAGAUAGCCGCUUGUUUGGACCUGUCCCAAUGACUGACAUCCUUGGCAGAGUGAUAUACUCUUUAAGAACGGCUGUUGAUCACGGUCAAGUCGAGAACAGCGGCAUGGCCAUGAAACAGGAUGGCCCAGUACUGGCAGUGGAGCUUGAUGUGGAAGAGAUGGCAAAGAAUAAUAAGGCGUAG